AUGAAUUAAUUCUAAAAAUUACAAAUAUCUUUUUCACCAUAGAGAAAGCAAAAUCAAAAUUUUCCAGCAAUAAAUUUAAAAACUGCAGAAUCUCCUUAAAAAGGAUCAAUUGAAUAAUCAAAUUAUAAUUUUUCUUAACAUCUUCAUUAUAAAUUCAAUAACAGAAAGGUUAAAAUGAACUUGAAAAGCUAGUUAAAUAAAGCAUACACAAUUAGAAAAUAUCUUUAAGUAAAUUCAUCUGUACAAAAUGAUUUAAAUAUCGAAACUUAAAUUUUACAGAAUAUUUCUACAACUUAAAAUACGGAAUCAAGUAUUCAAAAUAAAUAAUCUUUAUCACCUUUUAAAUAACUAAACAAUAUUGAACGUUCUUGUAAUGUAAAAAGGAAUUUAUUAGGACUUUCAGAUAUUAAUUAUGGUUAACCAGAAUUUAAUAUAAGAUAAUAAUCUUAUAGUCCUUUUCAUAAUUAAUGUAUUAUUGAAUAAGACAAAGAAUAAAAAGAAGGCGAUAAGAAUUAAAAUUUAGGAGUUUAAGAAUAAUUAAUUAUGUCUCCUAUUUAAUUUAAUAAUUUAAAAGAGAUAUCUGAGUAUAAGUAAUCUAAAUCCUAGUCACCAAAUAGGCAUAAUGUAAUUACUUAAUAAAAUCUUAGAUUGCUCUAAAAAUAAAUUAAUAAAAUACAGAUUAUAAAAAAUAUGCUUCUUAAAUGAUUCGUAUGAUCAGAAGCAAUCAAUAGAAUUUGAUGAAAAAAUUCGAUUAAGAAUAAAAAGAAUAGGAACGUGAUUAUAAAGCAAAAAAGAUUUAAAGACAACUUGAAAGAAAAGAGGGAUUAUAGAUUGCAUAGGAGGAUAUAAAGAAUAGAUAAUUAAAAUUUAUGUUAAUAGCCUUGAAAGGAUAAUAAGAUAAAUUUAUAUCUGAUAGCCAAUCAUUUUAAAAUAAAGGAAAGAAACUUAAUUUAUAGAGUAGUCAAACAGCAAUACAUAGCAGAAAAUCAUCACUUUAAAAUAAUUAUUAGCAAUUACCUUUAGAUAGAAUAUUUGAUGACAGAAACUUAAAAAAAUAUUCUUUAAAGUCAGAGAUCUGCAGCAUAGAAACUUCUUUAGAAUAACCUUUAUAAAUAUCAAAACUAAUUUGA